AUGAACACAGCACAAUCAGUGGCCAUCAUACCAGCCAACAAGUAUAAAAUUGUUUUUCUCGGAGAUCAAGCUGUGGGUAAAACAUCCAUCAUCACCAGAUUUAUGUAUGAUACUUUUGAUACGACCUAUCAUAACACUAUCGGUAUAGAUUUUCUUUCUAAAACCAUGUAUCUGGAAGAUAGGACAGUUCGUCUUCAGCUUUGGGAUACAGCAGGACAGGAACGUUUCAGAAGUUUAAUUCCAAGUUAUAUUAGAGAUUCAUCAGUAGCAAUUAUUGUGUAUGACAUAACGAGUAAACAGAGUUUUUUAAAUACAGCGAAAUGGAUUGAGGAUGUAAGGACUGAACGAGGUGACGACGUUAUCGUAGUGCUUGUAGGAAAUAAGACAGACCUUGCAAGUGAUUCCGAUAAGAGACAGGUCAGUAUUGAAGAAGGAGAAGCAAAAGCAAAGGAAUACGGAAUCAUGUUUUUGGAGACAAGUGCAAAGGCAGGAUAUAAUAUCAAAACACUUUUCACAAAAGUUGCCAAUGCACUGCCAACCACGAAUGCUCCUUCUGCCUCAACUCCUACUGAAUUUAAUGGUACUGACAGAAACGUGUCACCAACUCACAAAGAUGAUGUCUUUUUGGUGCCACUACGUCAAACAAAACUACCUGAAUCUACUACGCCACAAGAGACAGCAGCCUCAUCUUCUUAUUGUAAUUGUUAA